AUGUCUGAUUUGCCCGAAGGUUGGACGACUAAAACUUCAUCCUCAACAGGUAUUAUAAUGACAAAUAGACGCCAGUAUUACGUUAACAUGGCUACCGGAGAGUCACAGUGGGACAAGCCAGUUUCCGGGGAGAGGGUUCGUUGCAGUCAUCUCUUGGUCAAACAUGCCGGUUCUCGACGUCCAUCCUCUUGGCGUGAGGCAAAUAUUACGCGCAGCAAGGAAGAAGCACUCCAGAUACUUGAAGGUUUUAAGAAAGACAUUGAAUCAGGAAGAAAGACAUUCGAGGAUUUGGCUUCAGUAUACAGUGACUGUAGCUCAGCUCAAAAGGGCGGUGAUCUUGGUUUCUUCACACGAGGGCAAAUGCAAAAGCCCUUCGAAGAUGCUUCCUUUAAUCUUAAAGUUGGUGAGAUGUGUGGACCGGUUGAUACUGACUCUGGAGUUCAUCUCAUCAAAAGGACUGCUUAA